UUAAUGAUAGUUGUACAAAUGUGUAAAUAAAGAAUGUAACAAAUAUUGAUGUGUUAUAAAUGGUUUCCAUUUUGCUUGUAACAGGUUUAGAAAAAGGCAUGAUAUUCUUGGUGGACAAAUUACCGGAUCAUAUAAUAUGGGAAAUCAUGAACAGGUUGGAGAAGACAAAUGAUAGAAACUCGGCAUCAUUAACAUGUAAGCUUCUCUAUCAAAUAGAUAACAAACAAAGGAUUCUUCGGGUUGGCUGUGGACUAAACCCAGCAAACGAAGCCUUGAUUAUGCUCUGUAAUAGGUUUCAGAUUAUUCAAAAUCUGGAAAUUUCAUAUUAUGGUUGGAGUCCUGCAUUAGGAAACCAGUUGGACGACCAUGGUAUCCUAUUACUAUCAAAACAUUGUCCUAAUCUGAAUGAGCUUUCUUUAACUCAUUGCACUUCUAUAAGUGAUCAAUGUCUGACCCCAACCGGUUCUUUCUCAAAUCUCUCUGCUUUGAAGUUGAGUUUUAUAUCGGGGAUAACUGCAACUGGGAUAUUGCAUUUAGUUGUUGGAAACAAAAACCUCAAACUUUUCCAUCUUAUCGAAUGUGAAAAUGUCAAAAGUUUGGAAUUUCUUACAAAUCAUGAAAUACUUGAAGAUCUAUGCAUUAAGAACUGUAAUGGGAUUAAGGAGUCUGAAUUAUUCACUAUUGGGCAGUCAUGGCGUAGCCUAAGGCGUUUAUGGUUAGAAGUUGUUCGCAAUACUCGAAACGAAAACUCUAUUGAUACAAUCCCGGACAAAAUUUGACAGAAAGAAUUGAUAUGUUUUGAUAAUUUGGAAGAAGUUUAUCUGAAGAACUGUGUUUUCAAUUCUGGAAGAGGAGGCAUGGUUUGUGUACUAGAAAACUGUAUGAAAUUAAAGAGUGUCAAUUUGGAUAUGUGCUUUGUGAAUGAUUAUCAUCUUCACCAAUUAUCGCUACAAUCUAGUGAUCUUCGAGCAUUUAUAAUUAAGAUUCGUUCAGAUUUCAUUAUCCCAUAUUCAAGUUUAAAGGAAAUAGCUAAAAAUUGUUCUAAACUUGAAUGGGUAUCUAUUACUUAUGAUCCGAACCUGCUAAGUUAUUCACCAUUCAGAUUACAUGGAAUUAUGGCCUUGAUCCAAAAAUGUCCUCUACUUUACCUAUCUUUGGAUUUGACUUACCCUUUUAUUGAUUUUGGGAUGGAAGCCUUUUCUUCAGCUCAACACCUUGAAACCUUAGAAAUCAGGAGAUGUCAGGGAAUGAAGGUUUUGAGUUGUCUCCCUCGAUUGCGUUGCUUGUUGAUAGUCCAAUGUAUGGGGGGGAUCACCGACAACGGGUUCAAGCCGCUGGUUGGAUCUUAUAAACUCGAUGUGUUGGGUGUUUAUGAUUGUCCUAAAAUAUCGCCUCAAGGAGUUUUGGAAAGAGGAAUUGCCACAUCUGUGAGGUACAGACAAGAUUUGGCUUGGAUGCAUUGA